GGAAAACAUGAUGGUGCCAUCGGCGGAUUUCCGGCGGCCAUAAGACGCUCUCUUCACUACAUCUGUUGCGUUCUCUUUGCUCAUUUCUGGAGGUUAUUCGCGAUUGCUCGCAUAUCUACGGCCUACCUAGUGAUUUGGGGCCCGAGAUUUACUGCACGACCUCACCAAAACACCAGGUUCAUGCACAGGCGCCAUGAAACUUAAAUUCAGCCUCCUUUAUGCCGCCAUUGCGGUCCUGCCUCUUGGCCCAGUUUUUGGUCAAAGUCUCCAGGACGCAGACGGCCCGCAAGCCAGGGAAUCGGUGAGACAGGUUGCAAUCAUAGGAGCCGGAGCUGCCGGGUCUUCCGCAGCGUACCAUCUGCACAACUACUCAAGCAGAUAUGGCGUUAGCGUAAACAUUACGCUCUUUGAGAAGACAGGCCGCAUUGGCGGGCGCACUCUCACCGUCAACCCCUUUGAUGAUCCAUCCCAGCGUGUCGAGCUCGGCGCCAGCAUCUUUAUCGAGAAGAAUCUCAUUCUCUAUGGCGCACUCAAGGACUUUGAUCUUAAGAAGAGAGACCCUGAUGAGGAUUCGGAUCCGACGCUGGGAAUAUGGGACGGAGACUCGUUUGUCUUUACUAUCAACGAGAGCCACUCCUUUUGGUGGAACGCAGCCAAAGUGAUAUGGAGAUAUGGCGUUAUGGCACCCCGACGCACCCAGAAUCUCAUGGAGUCAACCAUCGCCAAAUUCCUUCGCUUGUAUGAGGAACCCUUCUUCCCUUUCAGGUCCUUGACACAGCGAACGUAUGAACUCGGACUCGUGGACGCGACCGGAGUGACUGGCGAACAAUUGUUGAAGGCAAACAGCGUUGGGGACCUCUAUGCCCAUGAUAUUGUGCAGGCAAGCACGCGAGUCAACUAUGCCUCAAACAUUGCUAGGAUUCACGGACUCGACACGAUGGUUUCCAUGGCACCAGAAGGCGCAAUGGCUGUGGCUGGUGGGAACUGGCAGAUCUUUGAGAAGAUGGUUCACAAAUCAGGUGCUGGCCUUCUUUUGAACACGUCUGUCGUCUCCAUUGGACUUGCUUCCCAUGACAAGGACACACAAGACCGCGUCCGAUAUACGCUCGAGGUUGCGCCCAGUUCGAAUAGUUCAAGUUCUGCUGAGAAAUACCCGCUCGUGUUCGACGAUGUUGUAAUCGCGACACCUUACCAGUUCAGCAAGAUUGCUGCCGGAGAUGGGGUAAUUCAGCAUUCUAUUGACGCGAUACCGUAUGUGCAACUUCAUGUUACGAUCUUUUCGACGCCAUUUCGCUUCAGCCCGGCGUUUUUCGGUUUGACAGACACCACGGCCAUCCCAGGAACCGUCCUCACAACUCUCAACAAGGACGAUGAUCCUACGUCAGGCGUGGAGGGGGUGGGCAAAGCCGGAUUCUUCAGCAUUAGUACGUUGAGAAAGGUACAAAAUCCCAAGACCAAGAAGGAAGAGUACCUUUACAAGAUCUUUUCUCCUGCGGCUGUAACACCAGGCUUUUUAAGUCGCUUGUUUGGAGUUGACGUCCCAAGCACAUUCACAAUCGCAACCGAAAACACGGAUUCCACAGAAAGCCCAAUUUCUUGGUACCAUCCUCACGUCUUUAACUCGUACCCCAAGGCACUCCCGCGAGUCACCUUCCAAGAUCCCAUUAUUGGGCCAAGUCUUUACUACACCUCAGGCAUGGAGAGCUUCAUCUCAACGAUGGAGACAAACGCGUUGAUGGGGAAGAAUGUCGCUCGGUUAAUUCUGGACGAUAUUUUGGGGAUUUACAGCGGAGUCGGUGCAGGUUCAGAGGACGGCUCAGUCCUGGUCGCAGAUGGCAUGCAGAAGAUUGUGUGCGAUCGUGGCAAGACUCCGCCAGCGCAAGACAUGCUGAAGGAUCUCUGAGAGGCUGUGUGCGAUUGAUAUUACUUAACCUAGGAAUUCUACUGUUUUGGUCAACAAAGAAAGCGGCUCAGAUCUGGAACCAACGGGCCACCCAAGAGGAUGGGCACGAAUGACGCAAGGGGUACACAAAACGUUGUUCAAUUAGUUGUUGCGCAAAGCCCUUUGGCUUCUUGCUUAAUCGCGUUUCUGAAAGAAAGAUAAUCCAACCCGUCUUCGUUGAA